AUUCUCACACAAGAAAAUUAAUAAUCCCAAUCAUCAAGAUAGGAAAAGAAUGGAGGCCAUUUGUUCCAAGCACCUUAUGACAUCCCUUGUCAUAAUUCUUGCUUCUAGUUUGACCUUAUCACAGGGUGCCAAGAAAGGCAGUGACAGUGAAAGGCCAUACCAAGAAGCGAGCACGGUGUUCAUUAGAACAUCUUGCAGCUCCACGACCUAUCCAAGACUCUGCUACAGCUCCUUAGUGAAGCAUGCAGACUUGAUCCAAACAAACCGUGUGGUUCUGACAGGCACAGCCCUGAAUGUGACCCUUGCGUCUGCCAAGUCGACCUCGGCAAUGAUGUCGACGCUGGCAAAGAGGCAAGGCCUGAAGCCAAGAGAGGUUGCAGCGAUGAAGGACUGUGUGGAGGAGUUGGCGGACUCUGUUGAUGAGCUCAGAAGGUCUAUUUCUGAGAUGGCUCAACUAACACCCUCCAAUUUUGAGAUGACAAUGAGUGACGUAGAAACGUGGGUGAGUGCUGCUUUGACCGAUGAGAGCACGUGCACCGAUGGCUUCCAAGAGACGGCUGCUGCUGGUGGUUCAAAUGUAAAGAACACGGUGAGAGGCCAAAUUCUUCAGGUGGCUCAAUUGACUAGUAAUGCCUUGGCUUUGAUAAAUCAGCUGGCCAAUUCUCAUGCUUAACUACUCCAUCUUGUGCUAUAUAUAGAACAUCGCCUACCCUGUUUUUUUGUCUCAUUUAGAUGCUCUGCAACUGUGAAAACUAGUAAAUAUCUCAGUAGUUUCUUGAGAUUUAUGUCCCCGCUAGUGUUAAACUGUUCAUGUCUCGUUCCAGCUAGCGGCUGGACCCAUCCCAAUUUUCAGUGUUGUGAAUCAGGAUCUUGUAUUGUCUUUUUUAUUUUGUUUGUUGAAUCACUUGUAUAAUUAAUAUAAAGUGAAGUUGUUAUGGCUAUAUAAAAGAUUUUGAACUUACUGGCU